AUGAAUCAUCAGCAAAAUUGUUCAGAAGUACGUCCACCUAUAAAACAACAAACCAUCCCUGUCACUUCCGCUCCAAGACAUUCAGCUAGUGACAGUUGCGACAACAGUGAUGGUAAUCGUCAACUACGUUACGUUCCUUUAAAUAUUAAGCAGGAUACUACCCGACAACAAAUCGUAAAGACAAUCCCUGCUGCAGUUGGUUUCUCGUCUAUUCAUUAUCGCCAUCGUCAACGACCAACAUAUGAUAUUCGAUUUACUGUACGUAGCCUCGAACAAUAUCAAACAGCACUCCUUACUGGUUAUCGACUAACAUACUGUACAGAAUGUUGGAAAAUUGGUCACAUGAGAGACAAAUGCCAAUCACCAGUCAGUUGUCGUAAGUGUUUAGGUCCGUAUACUAAUGAAGUAAAACACAGGUGUCAAGAUAUUUUUAACUGCGCUCAAUGCGGAGGAAAUCAUUACUCCCUUGAUUCAAUUUGUCCUGUUGUAAAAAAAUAUAGAGAAGAACUUAAAUUAGCUGUUGAUAAAGCUUUAACUUCACGUGCAAUCAAAAGAUCAAUACCAGGGGAAGUACCUCGUUCAUUUCAACUACAUGCGAAUGAUUUUCCGUGA